GAAACCAACCGCACUCCAAUAAGGACCCAAUCCCUUCUCUCUCUCUCUCUCUCUCUCAAUGAAAAACAAAUACCCACGACACAAAGUAAAAACUCGCUCUCAAUCUCAUCUUCAAAAACAAAUAAAAAUCCAAACCAAACCAAAAUCAAAACAUUCAUUAAUUUCCUUUCCCAAAACCAUUUCUUGAAUUCACUCAAAAUCUCAUUUUGCAGAUGUAAUAUACACAGAAAGAGAGAUGUGGAUGUUGUGUGUGAACUGAGAUUGAACAAAUAUAUACACACACAGAUAUAUAGAUAUAUAUAUAUAUAUAUAUAGAGAGAGAGAGAGAGAGAGAGAGAGAGAGAGAGAGAGAGAGAGAGGAUUGGUAGGAAAAUGUCGAUAAGGAGUAUAAUACAGGACAUGAGGAUGGCGUCGCGGUCGCAGAGGGUGGUGGUUCAGGAGGUCUCGGCGGCGGCGUCGGUGUUGGACGGGCUGAGCCAGAGCUGCUGGGCGAACAUGCCGCAGGAGCUUCUGAGGGAGGUGCUCCUCAGAAUCGAGGCGUCGGAGGCCGCUUGGCCGCCGCGGACCGGCGUUUGCCGGAGCUGGAGACUCAUCACCAAGGAGAUCGUCAAGGUUCCCGAACUCUCCGGAAGGUUGACCUUCCCAAUCUCCGUCAAGCAGCCUGGCCCUAGGGAUUUUCUUAUCAAGUGCUUUAUCAAAAGGAACCGUUCCACGCAGACAUAUUUCCUUUUCCUCGGUUUGACUAAUGCACUAACUGAUGAUGGAAAGUUCCUUCUUGCUGCACGCAAAUGUAGACGUGCCACCUGCACAGAUUAUGUCAUCUCUCUGCAUGCCGAUGACAUGUCAAAGGGAAGCAGCACGUAUAUUGGGAAACUAAGGUCAAAUUUCCUGGGGACUAAGUUCACAAUCUUUGACGGACAACCGCCUCAUGCGGGAGCUAAGAUUGCAAAAAGUCGCUCAACUAGGUUGGUAAAUCUGAAACAAGUUUCACCUCGCGUCCCCGCAGGCAAUUACCCAGUGGCUCACAUUUCAUACGAGUUAAAUGUGUUGGGUUCUAGGGGACCAAGGAGAAUGCAGUGUAUCAUGGAUGCCAUUCCAGCCUCAGCAAUUGAACCUGGUGGAGCAGCACCCAAGCAAACAGAGUUUUCUAUCGGCAAUCCUGAUUCCUUUUCCUCACUCUCAUUUCCCCGCUCGAAAUCAACCCGCAUGGAAAAUUUCGUGUCAGGGCCAUUGGCCAUUCAAAAAGACAGAGUGCUGGUGCUAAGAAACAAGUCUCCUAGGUGGCACGAGCAACUCCAGUGUUGGUGCUUGAACUUUCAUGGACGAGUGACAGUUGCUUCCGUGAAAAAUUUUCAGUUGGUGGCUUCUCCAGAGAAUGGACCUGCUGGGCCGGAACAUGAGAAGAUCAUCCUCCAAUUUGGAAAAGUUGGGAAAGAUUUAUUCACCAUGGAUUUCCGGUACCCAAUAUCGGCAUUUCAAGCUUUUGCAAUCUGCCUUAGCAGCUUUGACACCAAGAUUGCUUGUGAAUGAAUGAUACGGGAUCAGCAAGAUUUGGUGGUCAUCAGAUGCCAUGCAACAAAAGAGACUGCUAGCUUGUUUUUGGUUUUUACUUUGGUGGGAAUUGGACUUCACAUGGUCUAUACGAGAAGAGUGACAUGAAAUUUGUAAGGAAAUUGAGAACUUUGGGGCUACUUAAAUCAUCCAUCAUCUGGUGUAAAGUUUUUUGUUUUCUUUGAUGUACAUAAUAACCAUAUAUAAUUUAUAUUAUGCAAUAUGGCUUCUCCUGUGAUUUGCGUGGCUA